AUUCACGCCAAACCCGUUUGUCGAACAUGAACGACGAAAACAAGCCUAGCGCAAGGGCUUAUAUUGGAACCACAUCAGCCGCUCUCAACGCUCUGAACACACAAUACGAGCCUCGCGCACCGCUGGGCACCAUUCAUGCUCCUCAAGCUGGAGCCAACACGGGCCGACCUGUCAAACUGGAAACAACCUCGACUGCUGCUGCGCCCACUAGUACCACGACUACUACUACUACUACUACAUUUGCCCAAACCUCAUCGGCAAGCUCCACACCAACGGCUGCCGGGGAAGCGCCGACUGCAGGUCCAGACGGCAAGCGUCGGUGGCAAAUCACCGACUUUGAAAUUGGCCGACCACUUGGUCGAGGCAAGUUUGGUAACGUGUACUUGGCACGUGAAAAGUCGUCCAAGUACAUUGUUGCACUCAAGGUGCUGUACAAGAAUCAGUUGCAGAGGAUUGGUGUCGAGCACCAGUUGCGGCGUGAAGUCGAAAUUCAGUCCCACCUGCGGCACCCAAAUAUCUUGCGCAUGUAUGGCUAUUUUCAUGACGAGAAGCGUGUCUACCUCAUCCUAGAGUAUGCUCCUCGUGGCGAGCUGUUCAAGGAACUGCGCAAGGAGCAGCGAUUCUCCGAACCACGAACUGCAAGCUACAUUUUGCAACUCGCCCGUGCUCUCAAGUACUGCCACGGCAAAAAUGUCAUUCAUCGCGAUAUCAAGCCGGAAAACGUGCUGCUUGGACUGCGUGGAGAUUUGAAGAUUGCCGAUUUCGGCUGGUCGGUGCAUACUUCCAACCGACGAGAUACACUUUGCGGGACAUUGGACUAUCUGCCUCCGGAAAUGGUUGAUCGCGGCGACUACGACUACCGCGUCGACUUGUGGUCGCUCGGGGUCUUGUGUUACGAGUUUCUCGUCGGAUCACCCCCGUUCUACGCCGAAGAUGAGCCUUCAACCUACCUGCGCAUCCGCCGCGGAGAUCUCGUCUUCCCGUCAACCGUCAGCGCUGGCGCACGAGAUUUCAUGUCCAAGCUGAUGCGACUCAAUCCUAGCGAGCGCAUGCCGCUCGAGCAGGCAAUGGUUCAUCCUUGGAUUCUGGAAAUGACCGAUCCCAACAACCAGCCCCGGUCAGCCUUAGCCGCUGCCUCCAAGCCUGUGUCUGCUAUGGCCAGCCAGCAAUAAUGCUGUCGUCGCUCAAACACCAGAGUAUCGAUCCCCCACUCUCCCCACUCAUUCUCCUCUCCUCCACCCACCCCCGUUGAGCAACUCUUAUAUUUCGUAUCCAGAA